GAAAACGAAGGCGUAAAAAAAAGGGCUGAUCGCCAUGGAUGCCCAGCUGGAAGCGCGUGUCCAGUUUCCGGCCUCGUUUCCGGAUACAUUCAAGAACGUCUUCGACUUGAUGAACGAAGAUGAGGAUCAUGUGGGGCUCUUUGCCCACAUGCUAGAGGAUAAGAUAAUACCCAUACCGCGUCCCAAGCCCAGAAAGAUGCACCCGCAGCGUGGACGCUGCGGUGGCAGCCAACGGAGUAGCAGCGUCACUGGCCGCGAUGAAAUCUACGAGCGCAGCUACCGCCACCACCUGCAUCAGCAGCAGCAGCAGCAGCAGCAGCAGCAGGAUGAACAGUAUCAGCAUCGGCAGCAUCUGCAGCAAUUGCAGAAUUUGGAGCGCGGUCGCCGCGCCAGCAUCAGCAGCGGUGUAGAAUUCUAUUGCGAAUCGAGCGAUAUUACAGAACCUUCGGUUAACUACCCCUACAUGUCCGCCGGACGCGUCCACAUGUUCCGCUCGGCCCACGAGAGGAACGCUCAGCACCAUAAUAAUCCAGGCCAGAGUCAACUCGGCCACGGACCCAUGGUGCUGAACCCAAACGUAAGUUCCAGCUCAAGUGGUUCGCUCAGGCAACUGUCGUCUGCUACUGGCGGCGGCGGCGGCGGCGGCGGCGGCGGCGGCGGUGACCAGUGGAUAAUUCAAGCACAGCCGGGUGCUCCGCUUCAGUUAGAAGUCGGCGGUGCCUCCACUGGUGGCUACCCACCGGCACUCGGAGGACCCGCAAGCGGAUAUUGCCCCGAACUCCCGGUGCUCGUGCCGCCACGGCCGGCAGCUAGCCGUCGCCAGCUGCCAGUGAAUGGAACCAGCGAUGUGGCCGAAGCCGUCGAAGCCUUGGAGCGAAUGGAGCUGCACGAAGAGCAGGAUAAAAGAAGCUGCUUUGAGCGGUCCUUUGAUUGCGAGAAUUCCGCAAUGUUUGAGAUGGAGCGUGCCGUGGGGGCGCCCCAUAGGCUGUUGCCCACACCUCCGGUCCACAGCAGACACGACAGCGUCUAUCGGAAUCCGCCCGUCGGACAGGCGUGGGUCCAGCAGGAGGAGAAUUUGGAGCACAACGAGAACCAAAUCCGAUAUGCGCCACCGAUGAACCUGGCACCUGUGGGGCCCGUCCAGGAGUGGGACGAGCACGUGAGGAAUUUCGCUGAUCGGCCACCGCAGUACGAAGAGUACAUAUUUGCUGCCCAACAUCCAGGCGGCAGUCGGCAAGACGUUCGUCGAGCCUCCGGCGCUGAGUCAAGCAUCCAUCACCCGACGCGGCUCUAUGGCCAACAGGAGGUUCAUCCACUGCGCUUGCACAGCGUCGAGCCAAGGUAA